AUGGCGGCAGCAAUCAAGGCCCUCAAUGCGAAGAUUCGCUCCAACCCCUACACCGACUACAUCUGCUCGACCCACUUCUGGGGCCCCGCAUCCAACUUUGGUAUCCCUCUCGCUGCCGUCAUGGACACACAAAAGGACCCCGAAAUUAUCUCGGGAACCAUGACCCUCGCUCUCUGCGGUUACUCUGCCACAUUCAUGCGCUACGCUAUGGCCGUCACCCCUGUAAACUACCUCCUGUUCGGCUGCCAUUUCGUCAACUUUGGCGCACAGGCUACUCAGGCAUACAGAUACCUCAACUACUGGAACUUCGGUGGUAAAGAGUUGAGAGAAAAGGCCAACCAAGAAGCUUCUCACAUCGCAGACCAAGCCAAGGCUGCCGCCAACAAGGUCGAGUCGAAGGCCAAGGAGGUCGCCAACAAGGUCACCAGCUCAUAA